UCAAUCGAGUCAGUCAACAUUUUGAAUGUCCCCAGAGUACAAGUCAAGUGAACAGACUUAAAACACAAAAAUCAAAAAUUCCCAGUCCCCAUUAGAUCAUUCGAUUUGCCAAAUUGCAACACCAAAAUGUUCGAGCUGCAGCAUAUUACCUCACGGAUACGCAAAUUUCUGCAAAGAUCCUUUCGCCUUUCAUUCGGCGACUAUGACAUGUACUCGAUCUGGAGCUUUUGUCCAAUGUCCAACUGGAAUCGCGUUAAAGCCAUGCUCCAAUCCUGCAGCCUGUGCCGCGCCGAGUCAUUCCCCAUUGUCUUUUGGCUGGUGGUGGUCUUCAGUCUUUGCGGUGCUACCUUCAAUUGCUAUGAGCUGUUGCAAGUGUGGUCCUGCCCCUGCGAAAAGUUGGCCGUGUGGCGCCAACGGCACUUCUAUGUGCUGGACCACUGGGCGCUGCGUAAGGCACGACUUCUGAGCUCUGGCACUAUCAUGAUCGCAUGGUUAAUGCUCAUUUAUGGGAUCAUAGCGAUCUCGCCGCCCGCCAUGUCGCCAUGGAUCCUGCUAACCAGCUUCGUCCUGUCGGUGGAGUGGUUCAUGUGGUCCUUCGAGGUGAUCACCGGCCGAUUGCCGAUCAGCCUGCAAACGCUCCUGUCCCUGGUGUUGCACGUGUUCUUUCUGGGUAUGGUGUGCUGCGUGAAAAGCGUAUUCGAGGUGGCGCUCGGCGAGCACUUCGAGCACUCGCUGCGGAUCAUUUGAGAAGGGGACCGACGGGCUGCCGGGCUGCCGGGCUGCCGAAUGUCAUCAUUAAGUAAAGGUGCAGCAGAAGGCCGGCAUAAUUGCAAACACAACCUGCAUUAAGCCCAAUUAGGUUGCCGGCGGCACGCACACCAUCUCGCCCUAAUCAGUGUUCGUGUUGCCUCCUUGCAAACCCAUCGCCCCUAUAGAUACUCUUUCGUACCGGCAGUCAAAGGAAGUCAAAAGAAGUUAAAAGCAGUUAAAGAAGUCAAAAGAAGUCCUCGAACCGCACUCAUACUCACUUAUCUAUGUUUUAUAGGUGUUUUGUAUUCGAAAGUGUAACCAUUAGUCGAAAUUCUUAGUUUAUGCCGAAUAAUUACAAAUCAUUUAAGCUGAUGGCUUUGUAUUCCGCAA